CUUUCCUCAUCUCCUCAUAGUAGUUGAGUCGUUAGUUUUAACAUUUUACUGCUUAACUCAUUUUCUAAAUUUGGUUGCCUGACUAUCACUCUCUUCUGAAUUCUAAUGGAUCAGAGUUUGAGGGAUGUUGCUCAGCAAGGAAGCAUCGAUGCCUUGUACGAAUUGAUACAAGGGAAUCCAAAUGUUUUGGACAGAAUCGAUGACAUUCCAUUUGUUGAGACUCCUUUACACACAGCUGCAUUUGCAGGGCACACCUGGUUUGCCAUGGAGAUCAUGAGGUUAAAGCCCUCAUUUGCUAGGAAGCUUAACCAAGAUGGUCUUACUCCCUUGCACCUUGCUUUGCGAAAGCUCCGUGCACUUGAUCAAGUUUUACUUGAAAAUGAGCCAAAUGACGGCCAAGUUUUACUUGAAAUUGAGCCAAAUGACGGCCAAGUUUUACUUGAAAAUGAGCCAAAUGACGGCCAAGUUUUACUUGAAAAUGAGCCAAAUGACGGCCAAGCUUUACUUGAAAAUGAGCCAAAUGACGGCCAAGUUUUACUUGAAAAUGAGUCAAAUGACGGCCAAGCUUUGCAUAUGAACCAAACCCAAUUGGUAUACCGACUAGUUCUUGCUGAUAAAGACCUUGUCCGGGUCCAAGGAAGGGAGGGUAUGACUCCUUUGCAUGAAGUUGCUCGAAUAGGAAAUCUCGAUAUUUUGUCCAAAUUUCUAGAAGUUUGUCCCACGUCUAUAGAAGAUGUAACAAUUGGAGGAGAGACUGUUCUUCAUAUCGCCUUGAAGAACAACCAUGGACAUGCUUUUGAGUACCUUCUAAGAUGGCUUCAGUGGACCAGGAUUGAAGAUGCUUCAUUCAGUGUAAAGAAAUUGCUGGACUGGAAGGACAAGGAAGACAACACUGUGUUGCACAUUGCGGUAUCCAAAUUCAACAAUCAGCCCGCGGAAGGUCCUGGCCCCUCAUGGUUUCAGGUCGUGAGGUUGUUAUUGGAUGCUGGAGUUCGAGGAAACAGUAAGAAUUUAAGGGGUUCUACAGCUUUCGACAUCUUGCAAGUUCAAAUGCAAGUCAACAACAAUGAGAUGAUUCGGAUGAAGGAUAUGUUAUGUCGUGCUAGAGCUUUAAGUGCUUCUUCUCUUCCUACAGUUAAAUCUUAUGAAGCUUUCCUCCAAUCUCAUCGCCCAGUUGACACGACUUUAAGAAGGUUAUAUACGUCGAUGUAUCGUGAACAUAAAAUGACAAAUGAAUUGCGCAGUAUGUUCAUGGUGGUUGUGGUGUUGUUCAUAACAGCAACUUACCAAGCGGCACUCAGCCCUCCCGGAGGAGUUUGGCAAGAUAACUACAAUCCUCCAACUGAUCAGUUCAAUAGCACAUCCGCGAUCAACGUUACGAGUGAACUUAGUCCUACCCCACACAAGGCAGGGACAGUAACCAUGAACAAAAAAUAUUUUUGGGCACUCGGUGUCGUUAAUACUUUUUGCUUUGCAUCAGCUUUCGCAAUGAUCCCUGUCCUCCUCCCGUUCAAUAUUUUUAGUUUUUUCUGUAUGUUAUCCAUGGUAUUCCUCUAUCUGUCCUAUGUGAUUUCACUUUCCGUCAUCGAUCCAUCUCGAUCAAAUAGCUGGUUUUAA